ACGAGCUUUUCAGCAUUUGAGUUUAUUUUUGUCUGAGUCUCUGAUGCAUAAUUGAUUUCAGUUUUUGUAGUAAGUAUAUUUUCAAUUAUCAAAAUGGAUCAGAAUACUUUCGAAGCAAGUGAUUUACUUUCGUUUGAUUAUGCUGUGGAUGAUGAACUUAAAGAUAAUGAAGACGAAGAUGUCAAUUGUCUUGAUCAUGAAAACAAAAACAAAGGGAGUGAAAAUGGCGUUACAAAUGUGAAAAAAUCAAAAAAGGACAAAAUUCGGAAAGAAAAAUCCGUUAAUAGCGGCGGCAAAGAAAAAGUAUCGAACGUUAAAUCAUCGACAAAUUCGAAUUCUAACAAUACUAAUAAAAGUAGUGGCGGUGGAACAAAAUCGAAUAAAUCAUUAAAUGUGGUGACUGCAAUGGAUUCGUCAUCGAAAAAAGACAAGAGCUCAUCAACAUCGGCGGCCAUAUUGAAUUCAAAUAGUAGUAAUAAUGGUAAUAAUACCAAAAAAUCCUCACCAAAAAACGAUCAAAAGGAUUCGAAAGGUACCGAAGCUGUCAAAAAAAAUGAAUCUGGGACUGACAUGAAGAAAAAGGAUUCUAUUACAUCGAAAACCGUAAAAAUUUAUGUGAGUGGUAUUAAAGAAGCAACGAAAGCUUCGGAUCUGCAAAAAUUUUUCAAAAAAUCGGCUUCAACAAACAUUUUGGAUGCCAAGAUCAUACGAUUCUCUAAAAUUCCGAACGAAUGUUUUGGCCUAGUAACUGUAGAGAAUGAACCACAAGCCAGUAAAUGCAUCGAGAAUCUGAAUCAAACCAAAUUGAAUGGAGUGGUUGUCACAUUGUCCAAACAAUCACCAUUGAAAACACGAAUGACAGAUUCAAAGGAAAAUGACAGCAGUAAUAAAGAUAAAAAGUUAACAACUACUGAAGCCGUGUCAAAACCUAAAGAAUCAUCCAACAAGGUGAAAUUGGUGGAUAAUAAAAAAACAGAGAAUAAAACUUCUUCGAAACCAACGAUCACUACUAAUAAGAAAUCGGACACAAAGGUAUCGAUUGAAAAGAAAAAAAGCUCAACGUCGAAAAAUGAAAAUGAUAAACCUUCGGACAAAUCGAAAGUAGUAGCAAAAGAAAAAUCAAACAAAGAACCAGCCAAAGAAUCGUCAUCUUCUAAAAGUGUUAAAAAGAAUGAUUCAAAGAAUAAAGAUGAUAAAAACAAAAAGAUUACGAAUGAUAAAAAAUCAUCGGAUCGUCAUCGUCGAAGUCGAUCCAAGUCUAAAUCACCUCGUAGUCGACAGCCAAUUAGACGGCCGAUUUCAUUAAGUCGAGAAUUCAUUCGUAAACAACAGCGACUUGCUAGAUUCAAAGAAAUGCGUGAACGUCAAGAACUCGAACGUAUACGACAAGAAAGAAUUCGAUUCCAAAAAGAAACCGAACGUUUACAGUUGGAACGGCUUCGUUUGGAACGAGAAAAGAUUGAAUUGAUGCGAUGGGAACGAGAAAAAAUCCGUAAAGAAUGCGAUGAAUUGGCUCUACGAAAACAACAGGUGACAGCCGUAGAACCAAUGCAACAUGAACCAUUGCGAACAAAGCGAUAUUUGUCAUCACCAUCAGCAUCUCCGCCACCACCUAUAACCAAUAUAAGAUCAUCUACAUCUAGACGUUUCAAUCGUAGUCGUGGCCAUAAUAGUAGUGCAUCUCGUUCUCGAUCACCGGAAUUCUGCAGCCCUCAUCGUGAGUAUAAUGCUGCUAAUCAUAAUUCAUCAAUCAAACGUGCACCAAGAUCAUUUACUGCUUCUUCAUCAACAGCACUUGAUCAUUCAUCCAGAUUUGAAUCGUCAUCAAGGCGCCGUGAAUCACCACCACCAAGAAAUUUCGGCAAACGAAUUAAUUAUGAGAACGAUUCAAAUGAUUCAUAUGAAAAUAAUCAUAAUCAUCAUCGUCGUCAUUCUACAAGUCAUGGCAGCCAUCAUCAUGAUCGUGAUCGAGAUGAUCGUAAAGAGCUGUCGCGAAGUAAUCGCAUGGAUUCUCCGAUACGUCGUGGAGGUGAUAAUGAGCACCAUCGUUAUAGUGCCAGUGGAGAUAAAGGCGAUAUGCUCAUCAGUUUACAUGCUCAUCCUCAAUCACAACGCAAUCCGUUUGGUGUUCCUUCGGAUGGUCAAUCUAGAGGAGGUGGAUGGCCCAACAUUGCCUCGAAUCAAUGGCAAACUUCAACCCCUAAUGAUCGUUGGAAUAAUGGACCAUCCAGUUCUACCUUUGUUGAAAGUCAAGUUCCACCGCCACAACAACAGCCUCCUUCACAUUCAGUUGGACCAGCCAACUCUUUGAAUACAUCGAUGGUGGCACCUGGACCAGUUCCAUCUAUGAAUGAUAUCUAUUCUAAUAAUUAUUCUGUCAUGCCCAUACCUGGUAUAUCACCAUCAUAUCAAAUGCAUAAUCGGCGUUAUUGAGAUGCUUUGGAUUUUUUCUCCAAUUUUUUUUCUCAAUUUUUUUCCUCAAUUUUCAUUGACAUUUUUUUCAAAAUGGAAUGAGAUCACAUUCAU